AUGGAGACGAGACUGUACCUGCGGCGUGUUCAACGACGCGGGCAGCGACGACGUCGAUUCCGAUGCUGGUUGGGGUUGGGAUUUUCACUCGCGGCCUUUUUACCGAGCAGCCGAGCACUGGUCUUUCGUGCACCCUCGACAAUAUCGACUCGUGUAAAGCGACGAACCGUUCCCACACAACUCUACUCCGGAACGGUCGAGACUACCAAUCUUCCCUUUGUUCCGUCUCGAGCCGCAACACGACACGGGUCAUCCCACUCCUCGUCUUCGCUGUCUCAAACCCUCCACAGUAUCACGAACUGGUUGGAACAACAACAACAACAACAGCUGCAUCUUUCCAACCCAAACUGUACCGUAUCCUGGACCAUCCAACCACUCUACGGCAAUCGUGCGCUCCUCCGCGUGGCCAUCCAAUCUCCGGAUGCCGAGCUGCCAGUGGUAUGGCACUGGCACGUCUGGUCCCCUGUCCCCAUCGCGACACCGACCGAUCCUUCCUCCCGCAGCACGUCACUCCUUACCCUCCCACCGUCUCUCCUUUGGCAAACCACCCAAACCGGUAUUGUCCCACCACUUCUUCACGUGGCCGUUGACGAGUGGGACACGGAGGGGUUGGGAGGCGCUCUGCGACGGCAACUCCAAUCCGCCUUGACCGUGUCGACCAACCACCGCGCGUCACGGAAACUACCCAACGAUCGUAGUCACCACCGUGACACGCACGAAUGGAAAGUCCGUCCAAUUAGUGAAACAAUCGCCAACGACUUUUGCGCCGAUCGUCACGUUUGGGGGAGACUAGGACCCAGCGAAGCCUCUUCGACCUCCCACACCUGCUGCUACGGUGUCUACCCCGAUGCGAACGAAAACACCAAUUCCCUCAUCGCGGUUGGUAUCUUUAUCGAUCACGAUUUGGUCCGGUUCGUGACCGCCACACCUUCGGGGGGCAAGAACUCCGUAGCCGACGCCGCAUUGUCCCGCAUCGUACAAGCCUUGGUCCAACAGCACCCAUUAGCUGGAUCCGUCGUCCCCAUUCGAGCCUACGUCGGCCGCGAAUGGCUCGCGGUGGAACCGUUUUGGCAAAAUUCUAGAUUUGUUAACACGCAAAGACCUUAUCCACCCCAAGUUGCAGCCGCGAACAUCUCCACAACAACCGAACAUUGUGGCGGCCGCUACCAGCUCGUCGAUACUCCCCCCUGGAGACCCGGUCACCACACUGACGUACUGCCCAACCCUAUUCGCGAGGAAUUGUCUCAUUGCUCGACUCCCGUCGAGGCGGUAGCUGCUCUGAGACGGCACGGAUUGUCGCCGGUCUACGACAGUGGUGUGGAAUGCUGGCAAUGGUCACCUGGGGAACACACCGUCGCGUCGGACAGCCCGGUUAGUGAGUCGUCACGGCUUUCCUCCUAUACCGUCAACAACAAUACCGGAAUCCAGGCUCUACUGGACUACGCAGCCCUACAAAUAACGCACGACAGGCAACCACCAUUGUCGCCACUCGAUUCCCGAUCGGAAACGCAAAUCAUGUUGAGUUGGCCCCGGAUACCAAUGGAUGGACGUGACGGCUAUGCGGACAAUCCUGGUGAGCUUGUGUACCGGACGCCGUCAAGCUUUGGAGAGGGACAGGCUUACAUCGAAGUUCGAGCCCGCGACAAGCAGUGGCGGAGUGUCAGCUACGUCUCCCCUCACCAACACAUUACGCACGCUGUGUACCGAGUCCACGGUAGCGGUCGCGGCGGGUACGGCAACAUUGACGCCAGUACCGUUGGAAUCUCGGACUACUUGCGAUCUAUCACAGGAUUGGCAAUCACGGCCUUGGAAGCCCGGGAUCGCGGCCAGAAGAACAACGACAGCCAGUCUUUGAGGGUCCUGCAUUUUGGCUUCGGGGCGGGAACUCUAUUACGAUACGCCACUCACAUUUGGCCCGACAGUGUCCAAGUGGCGGUGGAAUUAGAUGCGGGUGUGGUCCGCGCUGCCUACGAAGUUCCUUUGAUUGAUGUCGACUCUAGCGAGCAGCGUCAGCAAGUACGACAGGGCGACGCUUUGAAAUUCUCUCUGCAACCAGGCGAAGCCCGUUACGAUUGUAUAUUGGUUGAUGUCUUUGACGACGCAGACUUGGUACCGUCCGGCUUCUACGACCGCACUUUUCUGAAAACAUUACGCGACCAUAUUUUAAAUGAUAACGGUUUUGUAGUGCACAAUAUGCACUACGGCGUCAGCGCCAUCAACGCACAAGUCCAAGAAGCAACAGCAGCGUAUCGGGAGGUCUUUGCCGAUGCAUGCCGCGUAGCGUCUUUGGUCAGUACCAAACACGAAGGGAAUAUGCUUUUGCUAGCAACGAAAUUUUCGUUGAAUGCUGCUACUGAUGCCGAAGGAGAUUUGUCGCUAUCCAACCAGGUGCAAUGGCUAGCAUUUCGAGGACAAGAGCGCUGGGGGGUCGAUUUUGACGUUCCCCACCGAUUGCGUGGCGUUAAACCAAUAUAGAGACGCCGCGCUAUUCAUCGAGGGCUCAUGAGAGGCAAGUCGGUGGUUGUCUUGUCGGAACACCCGACUGUAGAAAGAGGGGCAAGGAGACAGAUGUGAUUGUCUUCUAGACGGACAAUUUUACUGC